CUGUCAAGCUGUCCAAGACUUCCUCAGAUCUGUCUCUGGACGGGUCGUCGGAGCCCGGGGGGGAUGAUCUGCCAUCUGAGGGGAUGUUUGAGGGUCACCAGGAGACUGUUAAUGCCAUGCAGGUCCACAUGGGUCGACUCUAUACCUGUUCUGGAGACCGCACUGUUAGAGCCUUCAGCCUGGUGAGCCGCGAGUGUGUGGCUGUGUUUGAGGGCCACAGCACGAAGGUCAACUGUUUGCUGGUUUCUUCUGGACCAGGUCUUCAACAACGACUUUAUUCUGGCUCCAGUGACCAGACUAUCCGCUGCUACAACCUCAGGACCGGGUUCUUUGCCUCCACAACCGCUGGAAAGUUCUGUACGCUGGCCCUGGCUAACGGCUCCGUGGUCACCUUCAGCAUCAAGACCAACAAGCAGCUGGAUGUGUUCGAGUGUCACGGGCCGCGGGCGGUGAGUUGCCUAGCGACAGCCCAGGAAGGAGCUCGCCGCAUCCUAUUGGUCGGGUUCGACAGCACCAUUAGCAUCCGGGAUGCCAAGAGUGGCCUGUUGCUACGGACUCUCAAGGGACACACCAAGACAGUGCUAUGUAUGACGGUAGUCAAUGACCUGGUCUUCAGUGGCUCCAGUGACCAGUCGGUCCAUGCACACAAUAUACACACUGGAGAGUUGGUGCGUAUCUAUAAAGGACAUAGUCAUGCUGUCACAGUGGUGGCCAUCCUGGGGAAGGUGAUGGUCACUGCCUGUCUUGACAAACUGGUCCGGGUCUACGAGCUACAGUCACAUGAUCGUCUGCAGGUGUACGGUGGACACACAGACAUGGUGAUGUGUAUGGCAAUCCACAAGAAUAUGAUCUACACUGGUUGCUAUGACGGCAGUGUGCAGGCGGUCAAACUGAACCUGAUCCAGAACUAUCACUGCCGGUGGCAUGGCUGUUCUCUGAUCUUUGGCGUGUUGGAUCACCUUCAGCAGCACCUGCUCCUAGACCACGCCUCUCCCAGCACACAGAACCUGAAGUGUCGAUGGAAGAACUGCGAUGAGUAUUUCGCCGCUCGCAAUGUCUCCAAGCAGGUACACCAGAUACUGUAA